AUGAUACCAGUAAAUGAAUCCAAACCAAAUGAAUUCACUGUACAAGGUUUUUCAGACUUACCACAUCUUCAGUUUCCUCUUUUUAUAGCAUUUGUAUCAGUGUAUUUAAUUAUUGUCUUCAGUAAUCUUAUCGUUCUAAUGUCUAUAAUUUUGUACUCUCAUUUACACACACCCAUGUACAUCUUCUUGUGUAACCUAUCAGCCAUUGAUAUCUCUUACACAUCGACCAUUCUACCUAAACUGUUGGCUAUGCUCCUCUCUCAGUGUAAGUCCAUAUCCUUUCUAGAGUGCUUUAUCCAGCUGUAUUUUUUCAUAGCCUUUGCUUGCACAGAAGUCUUACUAAUGGCUGCCAUGGCUUAUGAUCGCUAUGUAGCAAUCUGUCACCCUCUUCAUUACUCAAUACUUAUGAAACCAAAGCAAUGUGCUCGAAUAGUACUUGCAGUGUGGGCCAUGGGUUUUCUCAAUCCUGUUGUACAUACUAUUUUAACUGCUAACUUAUCAUACUGCCGUUCUCAUCACAUUGAGCACAUUUUCUGCGAUUUAGCCCCAUUGCUUAAACUUACCUGUAGUGAUACAUUUACUAUUGAGUUAUGGAACUACAUUGAUGGGACACUCAUAAGUAUUAGUGCAUUUAUACUUACAUUGAUAUCUUAUGUGUUUAUUAUAUCUACUAUCCUAAAUAUACAAUCAGCAAGUGGUCGACGUAAAACUUUUUCUACCUGCGCCUCUCAAAUGACCUGCGUUAUCCUGUUUUAUGGAACACUGAUCUGUUUGUAUAUGAGACCAACAUCUAUGUAUUCUCCAGAACAUGACAAGUUUUUGGCCCUUUUAUAUGUUGUACUUAUUCCAAUGCUGAAUCCUUUCAUUUACACCCUGAAGAAUGAGGACUUUAAAAAUUUGUGUGCAAUUACAAGGAGUGAUCAUAAUUUGAUACCAGAGCCAGUUGAUGUCACAGAAAUAUCAUCACAGUCUGAUUUGCAACAUAGAAAAUUGUUAGAUAAGGCUGUAAAACUUAAAUUAAAAAUUCAAGAGCAGCUGAUGAAAGUUACCAAAGAUAUUCCUCCUUAUAAUCCAUUAAUGGAUGCCUUUGGUAAUGCAGACGUAUUUGAGUCUGAUGUAUUUAAACAUAAUUUGAAUGACGACCAAAGGAACAGAUUGUUUAAAAUAUGGCUUCCAACAUACAUUGCACAUAGAUUGACUCCACCCAUAAGUUCCCCCUCUGAUGAAGAUGGUGAAAUGGUCCAUGGGAAUGAGCGAGAUAGAUUUACACAAUUAAUACAAUUAACAACAGGAAAUGAGCAUGUGGAUAUUGAGAUUUUAGAAAAAUUAAAACCAAAUAUAAAUGAAGUUGUAUUCAGUUUCCUUUUAAAAUUUGAGCGUGCAUACAGGUUUGUAAUGAGUAUUCCUGAUGAUCAGACAUCAAAAUCUAUGGUAAAUGCAUUUAUAACAAAAUUUAAAUAG